AUGGCUUCCAUGAAAGACUUCAAAGCAAGUGAACUCUUUCAAGCUCAAGCUCACUUGUACAAACACAUGUUUAACAUCAUUAGUCCCAUGUGUAUCAAGUGGGCCGUUAACCUUGGCAUACCUGAUAUCAUUCACAAGCAUGGUCAACCCAUUACUCUUCAUGAACUUGUUUCAUCUCUCCAUGUUCCUCAUUCUAAAGCUACUUGUGUCCAACGUCUCAUGCGCUUAUUGUCACUCAAUGACUUCUUUGCAAUCAUCAAAACCGAUGACACCAAAGAAGCGUAUGCUCUUACUCCUUCAUCACAACUCCUUGUCAAAGGCACUGACUAUUGUUUGUCUUCAAUGGUUCAUUUGAUAAACCACCCAACUCUUGUUGGUUUAUUCCAUCAGUUGGAUAAAUGGACUUCUGGUGAGGACCCCACAAUCUUUGAGACUGCAUCAGGUCCCGGAGCUUUUUGGGAUUUUAUUCAUCAAAAUACUACGGAUAUGGAGAACUUCAAUGAGGCCAUGGAAAGUGAUUCUCGUAUGGUAAAGUUGGCUUUGAAUGAUUGCAAAUCAGUUUUUGAGGGCUUGGAUUCUCUAGUUGAUGUUGGUGGCGGAACUGGAAACACAGCUAAGAUAAUUUGCAAAGCAUUUCCUAAUUUAAAAUGCACGGUGUUGGAUCUUCCACAAGUUGUAGCAGACUUAUCUGGAAAUAAUAAUUUGAGUUAUGUUGGUGGGAACAUGUUUGAAUCUAUCCCUCAUGCUGAUGCAAUUUUACUCAAGUGGGUUUUACAUGACUGGAAUGAUGAUGAUUGCAUAAAGAUACUUAGAAAUUGUAAAGAAGCUAUUUCAGGUAAAGGAGGAAAAGUGAUAAUCAUAGAUACUGUGAUAAAUGAAAAGGAAGAUGAGCAUGAAAUGACAGAAUUAAAGAUCCUUUUCGACAUUGCAAUGAUGACUUUGCAUAAUGGAAAAGAGAGAGAUGAAAAGGAUUGGAAACAAAUCUUUGUCAGAGCAGGCUUCGAACAUUACAAAAUAUUCCCUAUGUUUGGUUUUAGGUCCCUUGUUGAACUGUAUCCCUAA